CGCUUCCGGGCGCCGUCGCGGCGCAUGCGCGGCCCGGCGUAGCCCCGCCCCUCCCGGCGUGCCCCGCGGUGCCCCAGCAUGGCCGCCCGGCUGCUGCAGUGGCUGCCGGCGGCGCUGCCCGCCACAGCCCGCGGCUACGCCAAGAAGGCGGCAAAGGCCAAGGGCAAGCAGGCGCCGAAGGAGGCGCUGAAGGGGCCGGAGGUGUGCACGGACCCCACCAUGCUUGCCACCCAUGCCAUGGGCGUCAACUACUUCAAGGAGGGCCCCGAGGUGGCCCUGAAACCAGACUCGGAGUACCCCGACUGGCUCUUCAAGAUCCACCUCGGGCCCCCCAAGAAGCUGGAGGAGCUGGAUCCCGACUCCAUCGAGUAUUGGAGGCGCCUGCGGAAGUACAACACAUGGCAGCGCAACAGGCUGAAGAAGGGCAAGAAGCUGUAAGCGCGGCAGCACUUGGGGCACAGGUGCCACCCUGUGUGCCAGAGUGGGACCAGCUCCCACUUCCAGUGUCUUUUUAUUGUUGUAAACAAACAAUAAAGCCCUGAGGCUGA